AAUGCAGUGGACACCUCAAAUGAGGAUAUUGAAGAUGCUGAGGAGAUGAUCAGUGCUGCUGAUGACGUCCACCAACAUUCACGUAGUAGUAUCAUCAUGGAAACCAACUACUUCUGGAGUUCAAAAAGAAUACCAGAGGAACUUCCAGUGGAUUUAACCACAGCAGAGAAGCCCGUUCCUGAAAACUUUGAACCACUAGAAGUACAGUGCCCAUACUGUCCUGGCCCAUCUCCUCCAGAUCUUGGAAACAAAAUACUCAUCACCCGGCAAGCAACUGUUUAUGGAAUAUUUAAACAGUUUAAAGGUGUUUCUGUCUUUGCCAAGGAGUGUCCUGUCUGCAGAAACUUGGUCCGGUUUCAAGAAUAUGAGAGUGGGUUUCACAACUACAAUAACAGAAUUUUUCUGUCAAUCCCUUUAUGCUCUCUUUUGACUGCUGGUGUUUCAAAUCAUAUUGCUGUGGGUCGUCUGUUUAGAACAAUCGAAUCCCAUUCAAGAACUGCUUUGCCAAUCAACAUGCUAAGAAAGGCAUUCUACCAUUUCAGUGCUUUAAGGCAGUACUCGUACAAUUUUUUUUGUUACCGCUGUGGUUAUCAUCCAUCCAUUGUCAUAGCAGCACCCUUUUAUUAUAUAAUUUCCAGUCAAUCUCAUGAGACGCCCGGACAUUCAGAAUAUUGGCCUCCAGGACACCCUCGUUAAUGUGGCAGCAAGAUGGGAGAACCUGGAAAAGGAGAUCAUUGCCACUGGAUUUUGUGACGGUACCAAUGAAAAUACCGUUUCAAUUGUUUAACAGUACUAUUGGCAUUGAUGUUAAUAAUGUGUC